CGGUGGAGUUGCGUGCGCGCACCCAUAGUCAGGGUCGGGUUGACCGCGAGGAAGUGCCGUGGACGAUCGUCGGCGCCGUCUUGAGUGUUGCUCCGUGGGCAGAACCAAAUAAAGACUUAUCAAAUUCAAAUCAACCACGUCGAGCCCUUUCUUCCAUAACCUGCUCCGAGACGUGAACUGCGGGAGGCUGCAGUGAACAGCAUUUUGUGAAGGAGCGGAGAAUGGCGGCUGAGGUGAACGGCAACUCAGCUCCUGUGAAGGAGGACGAGGAGCCUAUGGACAUCACUGUCACGCACACGGAAAACUACCAGACGCUCCUGGCCGCCGGCCUCCCGCAGAAAGUCGCAGAGAGCCUGGACAACAUCUUUCAGACAGGCCUUGUGGCUUAUGCUGACCUGGACGAGAGGGCCAUUGAUGCUCUGAGAGAGUUCAAUGAAGAGGGGGCGCUGUCUGUUCUGCAGCAGUUCAAGGAGAGUGAUCUGUCCCAUGUGCAGAACAAAAGUGCGUUUCUCUGCGGGGUCAUGAAGACUUACAGGCAGAGGGAGAAGCAGGGCAGCAAAGUGCAGGAAUCCACCAAGGGGCCGGACGAGUCCAAGAUCAAGGCGCUCCUGGAGAGGACAGGCUAUACCCUGGAUGUCACGACUGGUCAGAGGAAGUAUGGAGGCCCCCCUCCUGAGGAGGUGUUUUCUGGGUCUCAGCCAGGAGUGGGGACAGAGGUGUUUGUGGGCAAGAUCCCCAGGGACCUGUAUGAGGAUGAGCUGGUACCGCUGUUUGAGAAGGCAGGCCCAAUCUGGGACCUGCGGCUGAUGAUGGACCCACUGUCGGGCCAGAAUCGAGGUUAUGCCUUCAUCACCUUCUGCAACAAGGAGGCGGCGCAGGAGGCCGUAAAGCUAUGUGAUAACUACGAGAUCCGGUCCGGCAAAUACCUUGGAGUCUGCAUUUCCGUAGCAAACAACCGGCUGUUUGUGGGCUCAAUUCCGAAGAACAAGACCAGGGAAAGCAUCUUGGAGGACUUCAGCAAAGUGACAGAGGGCCUGGUGGAGGUCAUCCUGUACCACCAGCCGGACGACAAGAAGAAGAACCGCGGCUUCUGCUUCCUGGAGUAUGAGGACCACAAAUCAGCCGCACAGGCCCGUCGCCGGCUGAUGAGCGGGAAGGUGAAGGUGUGGGGCAACCCAGUCACUGUGGAGUGGGCCGACCCGGUCGAGGAGCCUGACCCAGAGGUUAUGGCCAAGGUCAAGGUGCUGUUUGUGAGAAACCUUGCCACGCCUGUCACAGAGGAGCUCCUAGAGAAGACCUUCUCUCAGUUCGGGAAGCUGGAAAGGGUGAAGAAACUAAAGGACUACGCCUUUGUCCACUUUGAGGACAGGGACGCUGCCGUCAAGGCCAUGCAGGAGAUGAACGGCAAAGAGCUGGAGGGGGAGGAGAUCGAAAUCGUCCUGGCGAAGCCACCGGACAAAAAGAGGAAAGAACGGCAGGCGCAGAGGCAGACCACCAGAAACACGGGGUAUGAUGACUAUUACUACUACCCACCUCCCCGCAUGCCGCCGCCCGUCCGAGGCCGGGGCCGCGGAGGGAGGGGUGGCUAUGCCUACCCCCCCGACUACUAUGGAUACGAGGAGUACUAUGACGACUACUAUGGCUACGACUACCAUGAUUACAGGGGUGGCUAUGAGGAUCCAUACUAUGGCUACGACGACGGCUAUGCUGUGAGAGGGCGGGGCGGACGUGGCAGCCGGGGGGUCCCGCCUCCGCCCAGGGGCAGAGGAGCUCCGCCCCCUCGUGGCCGUGGCGGCUAUGCCCAGCGGGGGGCGCCCAUGGGUGCACCACGGGGCAGCCGAGGGGGACGGGGCGGCCCAUCCCAGCAGCAACGGGGGCGUGGCGCUCGCGGCGCCAGGGGAAACCGUGGGGGCAACGUGGGCGGGAAGAGGAAGGCCGACGGCUACAACCAGCCAGACUCCAAGCGGCGGCAGACCAACAACCAGCAGAACUGGGGGUCCCAGCCCAUCGCCCAGCAGCCCCUGCAGCAAGGUGGCGACUAUUCCGGUGAAGACGCGAGAGGGGCAGCGAUUGCGUGAGUGAGGAACACAUCUAUCUCUGCUGUGUUCUUCCCAAAAAGGGUGAGCUUGGUCUACCUCUUCAACUCUAACUGGAGUUCUCUCCUUCCCGGGGACGACCAGCGUGCCCCUCCCUCACAUGUUUUGCUCAGUAAAAAUGAAUCGAUUUGAUUUGAUAAGGAGUAGCAUAACAACUUCCUGGUUAGGCAGCUGAUCUAUGAAACAUUGAUGGCUUACGUCUGACAUUCAGGACAUCUUUGGUUGGUGAAUCUCUUUUUGGUUGGCUAUGGACAGCAUUCGUUGUAAACCCUCCUUUUACCCUGAGAAGGAUCUAUAUUUUGAAGGAGGUAUGUUUACCGAAGAGAGUAAAUGUUUGUUUACUGAACAAAACAUGGAGUACUGUUCAGAUGAGGCCUUCAGUUGUUAAGUCCCCACACUAGUGAUGUUCACUGCUCACACCAAAACGACCAAGGGAAGCACUGAAGCUGAAAAGAGAGGAAAACCCAGUGGCCCAGUGUUUGUAGGGGCUUCAUCCAUCGUCCUCAGAACAACAUGAGAAUGGGUGAUGGAGAAUGGAUGAGAUCCCACUAGAUAAGGUGUAUUCAGCCCUGGACCUGGCUGGCUGGGCUGCUUCAAAGUGUUCACUUCAGCCAAGCCCUUUAACCAGAUCUUUGCUCAAAUGGGUGGAUCCAGGCUUCUCCAUUAGGACCGAGGUUGGUUGGUUGUCUCUCUAAAGUUAAAACCGGCACGUGCCGCAGCUCUUCUAGGGCUGGAUUGACCACCUUGGAUGCAGCCUUUUGUGGCACUGCAAGCAUGCUAAUGUCCACUAGGGGGCACAGGCGCUACUGCAGCUUGUCUCUGCAGGACUGUCAUUCUUUCAAGCAUGUGCAGAACUACAAAUGGACCAAACGAUCUGAUCACCUGCUGUUCUGAUUGGCUGUUUUACUUUAAUCUCUGAUUUGGGAUAAAAUGUAACACUGUUUUUCACUGCAUUAAAUAUAAAAACAGUAAAAAGCUUGCUAUCCUACAAUUGUCUCUUCCGUUAUCUAAAUUAUAUAUACGUCUAUGUGCGUUAAUGAGCUAAGGAGUUUGGAAACUCACAUUUGACGCAGUGAAACCACAGAGUAGCGAUUAUUGUUAACCGGUGUGCUGUGACUCCUAGCUAAACAAUCCAGCCUCCAAGAUGCCACUAUGCUUAGGAUGUGCUGUUAUUUCUUGCAGGGUAAGUAUAUCCCCUUCUGCACUGUGGUGAUUUUGUCAUGAUUUGAAUGAAGUUUUCCCUGAGUGUUGACACUGACCAAAAUAGAAUUACAACCACCAACCCCCUUAGACUCUUGGAAAAUUACUCACACACUCGCCAAUUUCAUUCAAAUAUCAAAAUGAAAAUCAUUGACUAGCACGUCUCUUACACUGGGGAUAGAUUUUUGUAAAUGGCCAAAGGUUGGUUAUAUCCAGCUCUCAUUAGUAAAGAGUGCCAGCAUUUACACUGAGUGUUUCUCUAAGUGCUUCCCCGAGAGUGUAGCAGCACCCCGCCAUUCACUGGUCCCAGCAGAGGCGUCUGCCCUUCUGCACCUUUAUGCUGCACCCAGGUGUGAUCUUUCCACUGGGAAGCAGUGUUUCGUGAUGAUACUCUGCAGUGACUUACUGCCUGGCUGCUGGGCUUCUAUGCCGGGAAAAGCCGUAUUGAACCACCUGUGAAAGUAUGCUGGCCUUUCCUCUCUGUGAAGUGUAUGGAUGAGUUUCCCAAAUUUUGCUCCAGCCUUUACGAACCACCAAGAGCUGAAAAUAAACCCAGCGCCACAGCCCUCCAGGGACAUUACAGCCCUCUGAUCUGAAGUCUGGCUGCGUUUGGAAUCACUAGCCUGGCAAACUGCUAGUCUGUGACAGUUAUGGGAAGAUCCAUUUCCAAACGAAUGGGGAAUGAAAGCUGGUCAUGUGACUAUCUCCUCCCUUCUGGUAGGAUAUUCAGGUCAGUGGGUGUGAGGGUUUCCCCCCUACAUGUCAUGCUUAUCAGAAUGGAAACCACAACCAGCCUGUCUUCUGGCUCUUCAGUCUUAUAGAGAACAUUUGACAACACUGAAAGUAGCCCCCUGCCAUGUUUGGGACACACAGGACAGUCAGACAGAAGGAAUCUGAGUUGCGUCAGAUAACCUCAGGCAGCGAUGUGCAGCUUUUUUGUAAUCUGUUGCCUUGCCUUUUUUUUUUUUUUUUACCUGGCUUAUCUAUCAGGCUCGUGUGAGGAGGCCCCCGCCCCUGUCUUGUCACGAUCUGGACUUGGUAGGUGGGGCUUCGAGACGAGGCAAAGAUGAGGAUUUCUGGGUAAGGACAUCCCCUCCCUCACUGUUUAUCUUUUAUUUAUUCCUAUAUUGUUGUCAGGAUUGAAAAAGUUUGAGCUGCCGAUAAAGGGGCCAUUUCAUACAGAGGGUCUAACCCCCCCCCCCCCCCCCCCCCCCCCCCCCAUUUCGAGCGUGUAGGAGUAGGUUUUGUUUGUGCGAGACUUGAAAAUGUCCCAUGGGUAACAUGAGGCUGUAAUCGUAGCCUUCACACGGGGGGGCUCAAAGAACAUUCCAGAGCUGCUUCGGGAAGGGGGGCACCUGAGGGGCCGAGCCCAAGCCCAGGCAGCGUAUGGCAGGCAGAGCGACCCCAACAUACGUGGAUGUCAGCAAGCUGCCUUGAACGUGCGUUUGGGGCACUGAGCGCCAGAACCCUGCUGUGGAAGCCAGGACUGAGGGGAUGGAGAGAGCGAGGCCAGGUGAUGCCCUCGGUCCUCAUCGUAUGGAUAUUCCUUAUCUCUCAGGGUUCCCCUCUCUUUUUGGCAUUUUGCAUUCAAAACCACCCCCCCCCCUUCCUCUCAGCGGCCCCCGUGUCUGCUGUGGCUAAAAGGAUUACAGUGGUUGUGGGCCGCACAUCCCCCCCCCUCUCUGUGCUGGCGUCCUGCCUGCGGGCCAAACACAGCUCCCCGACCCUCAGGAUGCAUCAGGUGGACUCUCAGGAGCUGAGGUAGGUUAGAGGUGCCCUGUUCCCUUCCGCAUGCCCCACGUCUGCAAGAGGACCCCCUUCCACAGUUACCUGAUCCUGCGGAGGGCAUAUUAGCGCCGACCGUGUCUCUCAGCCGUCAGCAUCGUGCUGCCUGCCCUGGAUACUGUUGCCCCCACAGUGUUUGAAGGCUGCAUGGUCAUGUUUUCGUCUUUCAGACAUCUGUGUUUUACUGGAGGGAAUCUGCAAAAUCAAGGAUAUCCUACAACUCUCACACACACCAGCAGCAGUAUUUGAACAUGUCAUGUUACCUCCAGUGUAAUUUUAAUAGCCUGUUUGACACUGGUCUGUAAACCAGGAAGACGGCGGUCCACUCUGUGUGCGUUUAGUGUGACUCGCGUCCAGGAGAUGCUUUUAAUCAUGACCGUCUCCAUUAGCAGAAUGACUUAUCCAAGUGUUAUAAAUUAACAUGUGGGUCAGUUCUGCUAACAGCCGGAUCUGCUGCACCUCCCAUUUACUGUGCUGCACUACAAAUUAACACCGCAGAGUUCCACCAGGAAUUUAUAGGAAUUUCAACUUGGAACACAUGGAAAGAAAUAUAAAUACACCAGGCGAUGCACCAUUUUCACCCCAUCUGCUUUUAAAUUAUCACUGUUUGACUGUUUGUUUUUGUGUAUUGCCAGUUGUUAAGAAUGCAUGUACACAAUAAUAAAGUGUUUAACAACCAAACUUUA